CCGGGUGGCGGUUACGCUCACACAACAACGGAAGAGCGCAGCGGGAGUGAAGUAAAAGCUCCGCGGCCUCUCCCUCCUCACACACCCGGGCAGCGACGGCGUCCCAUGUGCCUCGGCAGUACCGGAGCACCGCCCCAUGUACACGUUGUUCUCACUGUGAAGGAACACGGUCCGCUGCGAGAAACCAGGAGCCCCGGGCUGUAAGGAGGAGGAGAAGGUCUCUCACCGGGCUUAUAGAUCGUUUAUAACGACAUGGAGGACCUGUGUGGACCGGAGCUCCCGUUCUGGGUGGCCAACCAGACGAUCCACACAGACAGACCGGACCUUCCGGCCUGCUUUCAGCUCACCGUGCUGUCAUGGCUGCCCUGCAUCUACCUGUGGGCCGUCACCCCCCUCUACAUCUUCUACCUCAAGCGCAACAACAAAGGCUACAUCAUGAUGUCCGUCCUCAACCGCUUCAAGACGGCCUUCGGUUUCGUCCUGUGGCUGGUCUGCUGGUCGGACCUCUUCUACUCAUUUCACGAGCUGCGGAACGGCCUGACCCGGCCCCCCAUCUACUUUGUCACCCCGCUGGUGGUCGGCAUGACGAUGCUCCUGGUGACGUUCCUGAUCCAGUUUGAGCGGCUGCGGGGCAUGCAGUCGUCGGGGGUGCUCUUCAUCUUCUGGUUUCUGUCCCUGCUGUGCGCCAUCGUGCCUUUCCGCUCCAAGAUCCUCCAGGCUUCCAGCACGGAGCCUGGGAGUGAGCCCCCUGACAAGCUGCGCUUCACGACCUUCUACCUGUACUUCAGCCUGGUGCUGCUAGAACUCAUCCUCAGCUGCUUCAACGAGAAGCCCCCCCUUUUCUCCACCGUGGUCACAGACCCUAAUCCCUGCCCUGAAUCCACUGCAGGUUUCCUCUCCACAAUAACCUUUUGGUGGUUCACAGGAUGGCCGUUGAAGGGCUACAAGACGCCCCUGGAGGCCAAGGACCUGUGGUCGCUGAACCUGCAGGACAGCUCCCAGACCGUGGUGCCCCGCUUCCUGGAGGAGUGGGAAAAGGAGCAGGCAAAGGCCCAGAUUGAGCAGCAGACCCUGUCCGCCCACGCAGUGUUCUCCAAGGCGCCUCCGGGUGGCGCCACCAACCACGUGGCGGCGGGCGCGGCGGGCGCGGUGGAGAACGGGCCGGAGGAGACGGAGGUGCUGCUGUCGGAGGGCCGCGCCGCCCCCCGCCAGCCCUCCUUCCUCUGGGCCCUGAUUCGCGCCUUCGGACCCUUCUUCCUCAUCGGCUCCGCCUACAAGCUGCUGCAGGACCUCAUCAGCUUCGUCAGCCCCCAGCUGCUCAGACUACUGAUCUCCUUCACCAAGCAGAAGGGGGCUCCGGACUGGUGGGGCUACGCUCUGGCCUUCCUCAUGUUCUUCACAGCCCUGCUGCAGACCCUCAUCCUGCACCAGCACUUCCAGUACUGCUUCGUCACGGGCAUGAGGCUGCGCACCGCCAUCAUCGGAGCCAUCUACCGGAAGUCCCUGGUGAUCACCAACGCCGCCAAGCGUAAGUCGACCGUGGGGGAGAUCGUCAACCUGAUGUCGGUGGACGCCCAGCGCUUCAUGGACCUCACCACCUUCCUCAACAUGCUGUGGUCGGCGCCCCUGCAGAUCAUCCUGGCGCUGUACUUCCUGUGGCAGAACCUGGGUCCGUCUGUGCUGGCGGGGCUGGCCGUCAUGGUGCUGCUGAUUCCCCUAAACGCUGCCAUCGCUGUGAAGACCCGCGCCUAUCAGGUGCAACAGAUGCAGCACAAGGACGCCCGCAUCAAGCUGAUGAGCGAGAUCCUGAACGGCAUCAAGGUGCUGAAGCUGUACGCGUGGGAGGGCUCCUUCCAGGAGAAGGUCCUCGCCAUCCGGCAGAAGGAGCUGGACGUCCUACGUCGUACCGCCUACCUUGGGGCCCUGUCCACCAUGGCCUGGACCAGCGCCCCCUUCCUGGUGGCGCUCACGACGUUCGCCGUGUACGUGAAGGUGGACGAGAAUAACGUUCUGGACGCGGAGAAGGCCUUCGUGUCGCUGUCGCUCUUCAACAUCCUCCGCUUCCCCCUCAACAUGCUGCCCCAGGUCAUCAGCAGCAUCAUACAGGCCAGUGUGUCCCUCAAACGCAUCCAGGACUUCCUGAGCCACAGCGAGUUGGACCCAGAGGCAGUGCAGAAGAACAGCGCCGCCAGCGAACAUUCUGUGACUGUCAUCAACGGCAAAUUCACCUGGACCAAGCAGGACCCCCCCGCCCUCCACAACAUCAACAUGCUGGUGCCCCAGGGCUCCCUGGUGGCUGUGGUCGGCCACGUGGGCUGCGGCAAGUCCUCCCUGAUCUCCGCCCUGCUGGGGGAGAUGGAGAAGAUCGAGGGCGACGUGGCCGUGCGGGGCUCGGUGGCGUACGUACCCCAGCAGGCCUGGAUCCAGAACGCCACCCUCAGGGACAACAUCCUGUUCGGGAAGCCCUUCGCUGAGCAGAAGUACCACAGCGUGCUGGAGGCCUGCGCCCUGACCCCCGACCUGGAAGUGCUCCCCGGCGGCGACAUGACGGAGAUCGGGGAGAAGGGCAUCAACCUGUCGGGGGGCCAGAGGCAGAGGGUGAGCCUGGCCCGGUCGCUGUACAGCGACGCGGACGUCUACCUGCUGGACGACCCCCUCUCCGCGGUCGACGCCCACGUGGCCAAGCACAUCUUCGACAACCUGAUCGGGCCGGAAGGGGCGCUGAAGGGCAAGACCCGCCUACUGGUGACGCACGGCGUCAGCUUCCUGCCGCAGGUGGACAACAUCCUGGUGAUGGUGGACGGCCGCGUGACUGAGAUGGGGUCCUACCAGGAGCUGCUGGACCAGAACGGGGCCUUUGCAGAGUUCCUCAGGAACUACGCCAUUGAGGACGUCAUCGAGGAAGAGGCCAUAGAGGACCUGAUUGAUGAUGAGGAGCUGUUCCCCGACGACGCCCUUAGCAACCACACAGACAUGGCGGACAAUGAGCCGGUGGUGAACGAGACCAAGAGGCAGUUCAUCAGGCAGAUCAGCAUCAUCUCCGGGGACUCGGACAACUCCAAGACACGCCGGAGGCACCUGGCCUCGCAGCGGAAGUCCGGGGAGCCCCCGGCGGAGAAGAAACCACGGCAGGCCCCCGGGUCGGAAAAGCUCAUCCACGCGGAGACCUCCGAGACCGGCAGGGUGAAGAUGAAGGUGUUCAUGGACUACGCCAAGGCGGUGGGCUUGGUGCUCUCCGUCAUCAUCUGCCUGCUCUACGGCUGCCAGAACGCCGCCGCCAUCGGCGCCAACGUCUGGCUCAGCGACUGGACCAAGGACGCCAGCGCCAACCAGACCAGGGACGAGGUCAACAUGAGGCUGGGGGUGUACGCCUCGCUGGGCAUUGCCCAAGGUCUCCUUGUCAUGGUCUCCUCCUUCACCCUGGCCGUGGGCAACAUCGGGGCGGCCAAGAAGCUGCACUAUAACCUGCUGAACAACAAGUUUCACACGCCCCAGGCGUUCUUUGACACCACGCCGCUCGGCCGCUUGAUCAACCGCUUCUCCAAGGACAUUUACAUCAUCGACGAGGUGCUGCCCUCCACCGUGCUCAUGUUCCUGGGCACCUUGUUCUCCUCCGUGUCCACCAUGAUCGUCAUCGUCGCCAGCACGCCCAUCUUCGCCGUGGUCAUCGUGCCGCUGGCUUUCGUUUACGUCUUUGUCCAGAGGUUCUACGUGGCCACGUCGCGCCAGCUGAAGCGGCUGGAGUCGGUGAGCCGCUCGCCCAUCUACUCCCACUUCUCGGAGACCAUCACGGGCGCCAGCGUCAUCCGCGCCUACGGCAAGGACAGCGCCUUCGUACGCAUGAGCGACACGCGCGUGGACGACAACCAGAAGAGCUACUACCCCGGCAUCGUGGCCAACAGGUGGCUGGGCGUCCGCAUCGAGUUCAUCGGGAACUGCAUCGUGCUGUUCGCCGCGCUGUUCGCCGUCAUCGGGAAGGAGAAGCUGAACCCGGGCCUGGUGGGCCUCUCGGUGUCCUACGCCCUGCAGGUGACCAUGACGCUCAACUGGAUGGUGCGCAUGACGUCCGACCUGGAGAGCAACAUCGUGGCCGUGGAGCGUGUCAAGGAGUACUCCGAGACCAAGACUGAGGCGCCCUGGGUGGUGGAGGACAAGCGGCCUCCCUCAGAUUGGCCGCCGCAGGGCAACGUGGAGUUCCGGGACUACAGCGUCCGGUACCGCGAGGGUCUGGACCUGGUGCUGAAGAACCUCACGCUGAGCGUCCAGGGCGGCGAGAAGGUGGGGAUCGUGGGCCGGACCGGCGCGGGGAAGUCCUCCAUGACGCUGUGCCUCUUCCGGCUGCUGGAGGCGGCGGGCGGGGAGAUCACCAUCGACGGAGUGAAGAUCUCCGAGAUCGGCCUCCACGACCUACGCUCCAAACUCACCAUCAUCCCCCAGGAACCGGUUCUGUUCUCGGGGACCCUGAGGAUGAACCUUGACCCCUUCGACUCGUACAGCGACGAGGACCUCUGGAAGGCUCUGGAACAUUCCCAUCUCCACAAGUUCGUGACCAACGCGCCGGCCAAGCUGGAGAUGGAGUGUGCUGAGGGGGGCGAGAACCUCAGCGUGGGCCAGAGGCAGCUGGUGUGUCUGGCGCGCGCGCUGCUGAGGAAGACGAGGAUCCUGAUCCUGGACGAGGCCACGGCCGCCAUCGACCUGGAGACGGACGACCUCAUCCAGUCUACCAUCAGGACGCAGUUCGAGGACUGCACUGUGUUCACCAUCGCCCACCGGCUCAACACCAUCAUGGACUACACCAGAGUGCUGGUUCUGGACAAGGGAGAGAUCUCUGAGUUCGACACCCCCAGCCAGCUGCUGUCCCAGAAGGGCGUGUUCUACGCCAUGGCCAAAGACGCAGGCCUGGUGCAGUAGCGCCCCCUGUCUGUCAGCGACAACACAGCGCCGCCUGGAGGGAGCGAGGUGUAGCUCCGUCAGGGACCCCCACGCAGACGGCGGAGCCGCCAUCGCCUCCCGUCUCCCUGGAGAAUAGGUUCAGUCCUGAGGAUCACUGGCGCUGUCAAACCUUCUGGUUUGUGUUUGAUCCAGAGAGACUUCAGGAACGUUCUGACCACAGACCACACGUCGGACAGUGCUGCCUGAGUCGGACGUAAACACACUCUGACCAAAGCUGAGGGCGCUGGUUGGGUCGUGCAUCGCGUCGCUCAUCUGUUGUUUGUGAUUUAAGGAAGCCAUUUAUAAAAGAGGAAAGUAGGUUCUCUGCAUUUUACUGCUUGACACAAGUCUGGAAUUUAGUGCCUUCUGGCUAGGGAGAACAACUUCUGAAUGUAAACGUUUUUUAAAACACUUGUCCAGAGCAUAUAUAUAUAUAUAUAUUGAUGUAUAAAUAUAUAAAUAUAUAUAUGUAUUCUUACACAUGCAAAGGAACAUGUUUUUUUUAUUUUAUUUGUACUCAACAACCUAGCAAUACUGUGCCACUGUCCUUUCCAGAACUUUUUCCAGAGAGGCCGUCGCCUGCUUAAAGGGGCGGCGGCCCAACCUAUUUUUGUACUGUAUUUUUAUUUAAGCUACUCUUAAAGGUUUUCUUUUCUAGGGAAGAUUGUUCGGCUACAUGUGUGAUUUGUUUCUGAGGCACCGCAGUAAAAUGGAAAGGAAAAAAUAACUUGAAUUGUGUGCUACCAAAAUAUGGACGUAUGUUAUUGCCUUUAUUAAAAAUAUACAUAAAUGAUAA